ACUUCCCUUAUCGCGCGUCUCCUUUCACAUUUCCGGCAACAUGGCAACCGUAGAAUCGAUGGUAGUUGAAGACCAAAAAGAACCAGAAAAGCCGAUUGAUAGGGAAAAGACAUGUCCACUAUUAUUGAGGGUGUUUUGUAGUUCAGGAAGACACAACCCACUUAGCGAGUUUGCACGUGGUCAGACACCAUCCAACGAACUACAAAUUUACACAUGGAUGGAUGCCACGUUGAAGGAACUGACCAGCUUAGUAAAGGAAGUGAAUCCAGAUGCCAGAAGAAAGGGAACAUUUUUUGACUUUGCCAUUGUUUAUCCCGACCCUCGGACUCCUGUGUACAGAAUGCGAGAGAUUGGCACAACAUGUGCCGGACAUCGUGGUCAGGAUGACGGCCAAUCCUUGACCUCGAAGAGAUUUCAGAUUGGUGACUACCUAGAUAUCGCCGUAACCCCACCCAGGGGUGGAGGCGGCCCUCCUCCCCGUCGAAAUCGUCCAUACUGAUCAUCUGCGCAAUCGUCAAUUCUGAUAAUCUGUUUUCAAAAACUGAAAUUUCAACAUCAUAGCCAUUGAUAUAAAUGUUUUGUGAGGUGGAUCUAAAUUUUCAGCAUCUUCAUCAAUCUAAAUGUUUUGUGAGAUUGAUUGAUCAGAACUCUCGACAUCAUCUUCAUCAAUGUAAACAUUUUGUGAGAAUGAUCUAAGCUUUCAGCAUCAUCUUCAUCAAUUUAAAUGUUUUGUGAGAUUGAUCUGAACUUUCAGCAUCGUCUUAAUCAAUCGGUGUAUAAUUUGAUAUGAUGUCUGUUACUUUUAUUUUGUUUGAAUGAUAAGUGUGGUGAUUUGAAGGCUGUACGAAUGGAAUAAGUAUGAGGAUUCAUAACAAAUCAGGAAAGUUGAUGAGAGAUUUUUAUGACAGUACAUUUAUUGUAAGAUUUGGAGAUAGUAGGUGAUAUAUUAUCUAGAUUGGAGGUACUACUUUUAAACUUAAGUGAUAAUCCUAUCUUUGAGUGCAUAAUGCACAGAUCUGCAGGUUAUGAAAAAAAUGUAGUGAAAAAUGUUAUGUUAUUAUGAAAAGUUCAAAUUCUCAAAUUGUCAUUAAUGCAUUGAAAUAUGAGAAAUCAUAUGAUUUCUUUGCAAAUUUCAUUAUAUGAAGACUAAAUUAUUAAACAGAAACGGUCAGAAACCCUUUAGCACAAAACAGAAAGACAACAGUAGGUUUUUAUUUGAGGUUAUCAAGACAUUUUGUGACAUGAAAUAAUUUGUCCAAAAUUCUGACGAUUUUAUGUUCUGUUUGGAAUUUUUAAACACUCAAAGUUACAUUUCUAUAAUUAAUCAAAAAAUUUACGUUUCAGUGUUUUGAGUUGGCUCAUUUUAAAUAUUUUUUUAAUGAAUUUUAAAAUAAAUUUGUGGAUAUAAAACAGCUAUUAUUUACAAAUUACAUAUAUGAAAAUUAAUACCUUAGUCUAUACCUGUUAAACAAUUUGAGUAGAUUUUAGAGAAAUUGACAAGAGACCUUCUCAUAUUGCAUACUUGCAAAGGUUUACACAUUUCUAGAGGCAAAAUUACACUUGUUCACUACUUCAAGCCUCACAACGGUAAUUUUAUAGAUGUACUUUUGACAAACUUACACCUCAAAAAACAUAUUUUCAACUUCAAAUUAUAAAUGUUACUGAUGAUUUAUGCCUAGAUUGAGAAAAAAAGCAAGAGUACCUCUUCAAAGUAGGGAGCAUUUGCAAGUAACAGUAUGGCAUUAUAACAGGUGUUUAUGUGUAUGGCAUUAAAAGGCCUCCUUUAAUACAGAAAUGCCCCAUAAAAGUCUGAAGUAAAAUUGUAGGUCUGUAUGCAAGGUAGUCAACUAGUAUGUAAGGUGAAUUGGUUGGUGUGCGAGUAACUUGUUUUCUACGAUAAAUAUAACACUGUGUUCAGUAUGAGAAGUUAGAAAUAAAAGAAUAAAAAAAUUACGUAAUCAA